CUCUCCAACCUGGGCACGCUCUCCUCUGGCUAAACGUUUGUUGUUAAUCUUAAAGGCUUUGUGAGACACAAGACGAGCCUCGGACACGUCUGUUGCCAUGUUGGAUGUUUUUAUCCUAUUUUUCUGGUGAGGGAGUUUUGUUUUUGUGCAACAAGAGGACAUGCAAGGAUUUAUUCUUUCUAGAAACUCAAAGUUGAAGUUAUAAUAACUUUGGUUAAAAGCAAACAAGAUUCCCAAUCACACUAAGAGAAUGCCUGGAGACAUGGGAGAUACAAUACCUGGAGGAAUAGUAGCUGCUGCAAAGAACCGUCUGCAGGUGGUGAAGGGCCUGGAGGAUGUGGAGGUGUCUGAGUGUGAGAGCUGCUCCUUCGAAGUGACCCUGAACCUGGCCUUCAUCGAGGGCGUGUGGUCCAGAGAUGACAUGCAGCUAAAGUCCAAACCCAACUGGCGCAUCAGCACACAUGGGAAGAAACACUCGCUGGUGCUGAGCCGCGUGGCUUUAGGAGACGCAGGCUUUUUCUCUUUUGAGGCCAACGGCGUUCAGACUGCAGGCAGACUCAGUGUCACAGCUCGGGACAUCCACAUAGUGAAGGAGCUGGAGGAUGUUGACACGAUGGAGCGUCAACCUGUGAACUUCCUGUGUGAGGUCAACCAGGAGGAUUUGGAUGGUCGGUGGUACAGAGACGACUGCCGAAUCCGACCUGGGGACAACGUUAAGACCAAUCACCACGGUAAAACUCACACCCUGUUCUUCAAGUCAGUCCGACCAGAGCAUGCUGGAGAGAUCAAAUUCACUGCCGAGCGAGUCUCAUCCUAUGCGACUCUCACAGUCAAAGAGCUCCCAGUCGUGAUAGUGCGUCCUCUGAGGGUGAAGAUAGCCAUGUAUCGACACCGGGGUCUGCUGGAGUGCCAGGUGUCCCGGCCCAAUGCUCAGGUCCGGUGGUACAAGAACAGUAAGGAGCUCGUUCCCAGCAGGAAGUACCAACUGAUCAGCCAGGAUGUCUACAGGCAGCUAACCAUCGACGACGUCUGCUCUUCAGACGAAGACACCUACACCUGUGAUGCAGGAGACGACAACACCUCCUGUCAGCUGCUGGUGGAGGAGCAGGCGAUCAGCAUAGUGCGGGGGAUGAGCUCCGUGGAGGUGAUGGAGCCGGAGCCCGCGCUGUUCCAGGUGGAGACCAGCCUGAAGUCAGGGAGGCCCCCCCGAUGGACCCUGAACGGGGAGGUGCUGGAGGCGUGUUCAGCAGUGAACAUCGACAGGCAGGGCACCGUGCACAGCCUCUGCCUCACCUCCACACAGAGCUCCAUGUCGGGCCCCGUGCUCUUUGUAGCCGGAAAGAGUCGCUCCACAGCGCAGCUUACAGUCAAAGAGCGUCCUCUUGAGGUUGCCCACCCCCUGGAGGAUGUGGAGGCGAAGGAGAAGAGCUCUGUGACUCUGAGCUGUGCGUUUGCUCCGUCUCCCCGGGUGGUGCGCUGGUUUAAAGGCCGCACGGCUCUGAAGACCUCCAACAAGUACAGCAUGAAGAGGGAAGGGAAACGAGCGCACCUGACCAUCCAUGGUUUAACAGGGAUAGAUGCAGGACAGUACCGCUGCAUGGCCGGGGGCUCACAGAGCACAGCGCAUCUUAAAGUGGAAGUGCGUAUGCUGAAGCUGGUAAAACACCUCGAGCCGGUGGAAAUCGAGGAGGAGGGCAACGCCACGUUCUCCUGUGAGCUGAACUACGUGGUUGCUAACGUGGAGUGGCUCCUAAACAACGUUCGCCUCUACUGCAACGCCAUCAACAGGAUCCAGCACAUGGGCACCAUGCACAGCCUCACUUUCAAGAAGCUGCGGCCACAGGAGAGCAGGGUCACCUUCAAAACAGGCCUCCUCUCGGAGACUACCACCUUAAAUGUCAAAGAGCGCCCAGCCGUGUUCCUGAGGUCUCUGGAGGAUGUAGUAGGAGAAGAGCAAGGGGAGGUCUGUCUGCAGUGCGAAAUUUCCAAAGAUACGGUGACCCCUGUGUGGAGGAAAGAUGGUACAGUCCUGACCGCUGAUGAUAAACACGAGUUACUUCAGUUUGGGAAAUCCAUGGCAAUGAUCAUCCACUCCCUGAGCAAGGAGGACGCUGGACAUUACACCUGUGAUCUGGGAACCAGCCAGACCAAGGCCAAAGUUACUGUGCAUGACUUACACAUCACUAUUGUUCAACGCAUGAAGACAACAUCUGUUCUGGAAGGCGAAAUCUGCACCUUUGAAUGCAACCUCUCUCAUAACGUCGAUGAAGAACCUUUCUGGACCAUUAAUGGCCAGGUGGUAACCGACAGCCGACUACAGGUUAUCAACAAUGGUCGUAACUAUAAGAUGACCAUAAGAGAUGCUAUGCUAACGGAUGCUGGCGACGUGGUCUUCACAAUUAAGGAUCUAAGCUGUAGGACCAUGCUCUUCGUUAAAGAGAAGCCAGUGCACAUCUUCAGGGACCUGUUGAACGUCAAAGCGGUACCGGGCGAGGACGCAGAGCUGAGCUGUGAGAUCACCAAACCAGAAGCCACCAUCCGUUGGCUGAAAAAUGGCCAUUUCAUCCGACCGAGUCCCAAGUAUGAGAUGAGUGUAGAGAAGAACUUGGCACGAUUGGUGAUCAAGAACACCACCAUCAACGACUCUGGAGAGUACUGCUGCGAGGCCGACGGCAUUGCCACACGGGCCAAGCUGGACAUCAGAGAACUCCAGCACACAUUUGCGAGGGAGUUGAGGGAAACACGAGCCGAGGAAAAGGGAAAAGUGACUCUGGACUGUGAGACCAGGCAGCCGGCCAAGCGGGUGACCUGGCUGAAGGGCAUGGUGGAGCUGAGGUCCGGCAGGAAGUACGUCAUCAGGCAGAAAGGCGUAUUACUGUCUCUGACCAUCACCUGUCUGGAGAAGUCGGACAUGGAUAUUUACACGUGUGACGUCGGUACCAUGCAGAGCCGAGCACAGCUGACUGUGCAGGGUCAAAAGGUGUUGAUCCUGGAUGAAUUGGAGGAUGUUGAGUGUCUGGAAAGCGACACGGUCACGUUCAGGUGUCGAAUUUGUCCCAGUGACUACAUCGGGGUCAAAUGGUAUCUGGACGAGACUCUGCUGUACACCAACGACCUCAACGAGAUCCAGAUGGUGCCCGGAGGAUACCACACCCUCACAUUUAGACAACUCGCCCGCAAAGACACCGGCACCAUCUCGUUUGCAGCGGGGGACAAAAGAUCGUACGCCUCGCUGUUGGUUAGAGAGAGGCGUCCAACCCUUAUUAAAGCGCUGGAAGACUGCGAGGCAAUUGAAGGAGGGGGGUUGGUUUUAUUUUGUGUGGCCUCCAAGCCGUGUCACAUCCUGUGGUACAAAGAUGGCUGCCUGAUGUGGAACUCCUCGAGAUACGCCGCCAGUCGUUCAGGCUGCGAAGCACGACUGACGAUUCGGGAGGUCUGCAACAGCGAUGCCGGGGUCUAUGAGUGCAGCGCUGGAUCGGUCACCACCAGGGCUGUCGUCACGGUCAGAGCCAUCCCCGCAGAGUUCACCCAGGGUCUGGAGCCCGUGGAGGCCAGAGAGGGGGAGACGGUGACCCUGAGCUGUGAGUACUCUCUGCCUGGGGUCCCGUUCCACUGGAAGAGAGGCUUAGAGAGCCUCAGGCCUUCAGACCGGGUCCUGAUGAAACAGAAGAAGACCCUCAUCACCCUCACCAUCAAAGCCCUGAGGCCUGCAGACUCAGGAGAAUACACCUGUCAGUGCAGAGACCACCGCACCACGGCCAGCCUCAAAGUCCAGGCCAUCCCCAUCACAUUCGUCCAGCAGCUGAAGAGCAUGCAGGCGGAGGAGGGGAACAACGUGCUGCUGCGCUGUGAGCUGUCUAAACCUGGAGUUCCUGUGGAGUGGAACAAAGGACACGAGCUGCUGAAGAACGGAGUGAAACACCAGAUGAAGAGGAGAGACACCAUGCUGGAGCUGCUCAUAUGGAAACCUGUUCCCGAGGACAGCGGGCUCUACAGCUGCGUGUGUGCCGACCAGAGGACGUCCGCCACCGUCAAAAUCAACGCUCUGCCGGUCACGUUUAAGCAGAAGCUGAGGAGCGUAGCGGUGGAGGAGGGAGGAACGGCGGCUCUGCGCUGCGAACUGUCCAAACCCGUUCCCUUUGUGGAGUGGAGGAGACGAGGCAGCGAGGUGCUGACCCACGGAGAGAAGUACCACCUGAGGCAGAGAGACGUCCUGAUGGAGCUCAGGAUCUUUGACGUGACGCCGGAGGACAGCGACAUCUACACCUGCAUCUGUGGAGACAUCGAGAGCACCGCCACGCUCACCGUCAACAUUGUCCCCGUGACCUUCAGGCAGAAGCUGGGGAACGUGCAGGUGGAGGAGGGUCAGAGCGUGUCUCUGAGCUGUGAGCUCUCUAAGGCGGGGGUCUCGGUGCAGUGGAGGCUGGCUGGAGAUCUGCUGCAGAGCGGGGAGAAGUUCCAGAUGAAGCAGCGCGAGGCCUGCGUGGAGCUGACCAUCAGAGAGGCCGAGCCCGAGGACAGCGGCGUCUACAGCUGUGUGUGCAGAGAGCAGAAGACCAAGGCCACCGUCAAGGUCAUCGCGGUUCCCGCCACAUUCAGAGUGAGUCUGAAGGGUGUGGAGGCGGAGGAGGGCAGCAGUGUGACUCUUCGCUGCGAGCUGUCCAAGAAAGGCGUCCCGGUGCAGUGGCAGAGAGACGCUGAGCUGCUGUCAGAGCUCACAGGUCGAGGGAAGUUUCAGAUGAACCAUGAGGGGAAGGUGGCUCAGCUGACUGUCCUCCAUGUGCAGCCAGAGGACGCAGGGAGGUACAGCUGCUCCACAGGAGAGGAGAAGACCUGCGCCGAGCUCAGAGUCAAACCUCUUGCGGUGACGUUCAAGCGAGAGCUCGUGCUCCUGGAGGUGAAGGAGGGGGACGGAGGGGUCUUCUGUUGCGAGAUCUCCAAACCCGGAGCUCCUGUGGAGUGGAAGAAAGGCCGAACGGCACUCAAACCUGGAGACAAAUACGAGAUGAAGCAGGAGGGACCUUUCACUAAACUCAUUAUCAACAGCGUGGAGGAGAGCGAUGCUGGGAAAUACACCUGCAUGACCAAAGACAGCCAAUCCACCGCUGAGCUCUCCGUCAGAGGUUCACCACCGAGCUUUAAGAUGCUGUUGGUGAGUCAGGAGGAGACGGAGGGGAACUCUGUGGUUCUUCGCUGUGAACUCAACAAACCCGCCUCCUGUGUGGAGUGGAGGAGAGGAGGGGAGCUGCUGAGGAACGGGGACAAAUACCAGAUGAAGAAGAAGGAGCUGCAGGUGGAGAUGAGGGUCGCUGACAUCACUCUGGACGACGCUGGAGAUUAUAUCUGUUCAUGUGGAGAACAGAGCACCACAGCUAGGAUCUCUGUGAACGAGCGGCCCGUCAGGUUCCUGCAGGAUCUGAAGAACGUGCAGGUCCAGGAGGGGAACGCAGUGACGCUCAGCUGCGAGGUCUCUAGGGUCUCUCAGGUGCAGUGGAGCAGGGGGGCCACGCUGCUGACCCCCGGGGGGGAGAAACACCUGAUGAAGCAGAGCGGAUCCACCCUGGAGCUCCACAUCAGGAAGAGCCAGCCAGAGGACAGCGGCUCCUACAGCUGUGUGUGUGGAGAGGCCAGUACCACAGCUAUUGUCAUCAUCACCGCCAUCCCGGUGACGUUCAAGCAGAAGUUGAAGAACCAGGAGGCGGUGGAGGAGGGCGCUGUGACGCUGCGCUGCGAGCUUUCAAAAGCCGGCGUCCUUGUGGAGUGGAGGAGAGACGCUCAGCUGCUGAAGGAGGGGGAGAAGUAUCUGAUGAAGCAGGAAGGCCGGAUCGCUGAGAUGCAGAUCAGAAACCUCAAACUCACAGAUCUGGGGGAGUACAGCUGCUCUGUGGGCACCGCUGUGACCUCCGCCGACAUCAAAGUCAGAGAAAUCCCUGUCACCUUCAAAGUGGAGCUGGAGGAUGUGGAGGUGAAGGAGGGGGACAGCGGGGCGUUCUGCUGCCAGAUCUCCAAUCCUGGAGCUCCGGUGGACUGGAGGAAGGGAAGAGUCGUCCUGAAACCUGGAUAUAAAUACGAGAUGAAGCAGGAGGGACGUCUCACUAAACUAAUCAUCAACAACAUGGAGGAGAGCGAUGCUGGGAAAUACACCUGCAAGACCAAAGACAGCCAAUCCACCGCUGAGCUCACCGUCAGAGCGCCUCCCAUCACCUUCAAGACGAAGCUGAGGGCCCAGCAGGUGGAGGAGGAGAACAGCGUGACUCUGAGCUGUGAGCUUUCUAAACCCGGCCUCACUGUGGAGUGGAGGAAAGAUCAGGAGCUUCUGAAGAACGAUUUCAAAUUCCAGAUCAAAAACAGAAACAGCAGCAUGGAGCUGACCAUCAAAAACUCCCAGCUGCAGGACAGCGGCCUCUUCAGCUGCUCGUACGGAGACACCAAAACCAGCGCCAACGUCACCAUCACACCUAUCCCGCUCUCCUUUAAGAUGGGUCUGAAGAACCAGGAGGCUCCUGAGGGAGGAAACGUGUCCCUGCGCUGCGAGCUGUCCCGGGCGGGGGUCUCGGUGCAGUGGUGGAAGGCGGAGGAUCAGCUCCAGCAGGGGGGGAGGUACCAGAUGACCCUGAAGGAGAAAACCGCAGAGAUGCACAUCAGAAACGUCCAGCCGGAGGACGUGGGGGAGUACAGCUGCGUGUUCGGGGAGCAGAAGACCACGGCCGAGGUCAGCGUCAGAGCGGCAGCGUCCGUUUUCUUCGAGAAGGAGCUGGAGAGCCAGGCGGUGAUGGAGGGGAAACCUGUGCUGCUGUCCUGCCAGGUGUCCAGCGCCAACGUCCCCGUCACCUGGAAGAAAGAUAACGCUGUCCUGGAGGCAGAAGGGCGGUACAUCGUGAAGAAGAACGGCCCCACACACACUCUGGAGAUCAAGAAGCUGCUGCUGGAGGACGUAGGAGAAUACUGCUGCAUCUCCAGAGGAAAGAAGACCUCCGCCAAGAUCAUCGUCAGGGCUCCCUCUUCCUCCUCAGAGCGCGUGCGGGUGGUCUCGGAGCUGCAGGGCAUCACGGUGACGGCGGGCGAGGACGCCGUGUUCGAGUGUGACCUGACCCACGCCGAUGUGAGCGAGGGGGUGUGGUGGCUGGGCCAAAGCCCCCUGCAGAGGAACGAGAUGAACCAGAUGACGGUUCGAGGCCGGCAGCAGCGCCUGGUGCUCACCAUGACGACGCCCGACGAGACCGGCAUUGUGGCGUUCGUGAUCGGGGAGGAGAAGACCUCCGCACGACUGCUGGUGGUUCCCAAAGCAACAGUUUUGUUCGAGGAGAAGCCCAAAGACGUUGUGAUAAUGGAAGGAGAGUCGGCCACUCUGUCCUGCAUGAUCUCUGAUUUCACCUCCCCGAUCACCUGGACGCGCAACCACAUCCCGCUCAGAGACGGAGAAAAAUACGAGAUCCGUAAGGAGGGAAAAAUCAACCUGCUGAUAAUCCGUGAUGUGGAUCCUCUGGAUACCGGCACUUACUGCUGUGAUACAGGAGAUGACCAGAGCAGCGCCAAACUCACUGUAACAGAGCUUCCUCCUUUCUUCCAAGAGGAAUUACAGAGUGUGGAGGCUGAGGAGGGAGGAUCAGCCUCUCUGUACUGUGAGCUGUCCAAACUUGGAGUCCCGAUUCAAUGGUUGAAGAACAGGCUGCCACUGAGAGGCAGCAGGAAGUACGAUAUCAGGCAAGAUGGCUGCCUCCUGCAGCUGCACAUCAAGGAUCUCAAACCUGAAGACAGCGGCAGCUACACAUGUCAAGCAGGAAGUGCAGAGACCACUGUGACUGUGACAGUGAAAGAGCUGCCUCCAUUCUUCAGGAAAGAAUUAAAGCGUGCAGAAGCUGAUGAGGGCGGAUCAGCCUCUCUGUGUUGCGAGCUGUCUAAACCUGGAGUGUCAGUGCAAUGGAAGAAGAACAGGCUGCCACUGAGAGCUAACAGGAAGUAUGAGAUUAAACAAGAUGGCUGCCUCCUCCAGCUUCACAUCAAGGAUCUCAAACCUGAAGACAGCGGCAGCUACUCGUGUCAUGCAGGAAGUGCAGAGACCUCUGCUACUGUGACAGUGAAAGAGCUACCACCAUUUUUCCAAGAAGAACUUCAGAAUAUAAAAGCUGAGGAGGGAGGAUCAGCCUCUCUGUGUUGUGAGCUGUCUAAACCUGGAGUGUCAGUGCAAUGGAAGAAGAACAGGCUGCCACUGAGAGCCGACACAAAGUAUGAAAUAAAACAAGAUGGCUGCCUUCUUCAGCUCCUUAUUAAAGAGCUUUCACCUGAGGACAGUGGCAGCUACUCAUGUCAAACAGGAAGUGCGGAGACCACUGCAACUGUGAUGGUGAAAGAGAUUCCAGUAUUUUUCAAAGAAGAUUUACAGAAUAUAAAGGCAGAGGAAGGAGGAUCAGCCUCUCUGUGUUGUGAGCUGUCUAAACCUGGAGUGUCAGUGCAAUGGAAGAAGAACAGGCUGCCAUUGAGAGCCAGCACAAAGUAUGAAAUAAAACAAGAUGGCUGCCUUCUUCAGCUCCUUAUUAAAGAGCUUUCACCUGAGGACAGCGGCAGCUACUCAUGUCAAGCAGGAAGUGCAGAGACAUCUGCGACAGUGAGAGUAAAAGAGCUCCCUCCAUUCUUUAAGGAAGACUUAAAAAGUGUGGAAGCUGAGGAGGGAGGAUCAGCGUCUCUGUGUUGCGAGCUGUCUAAACCUGGAGUGUCAGUGCAAUGGAAGAAGAACAGGCUGCCACUGAGAGCUAACAGGAAGUACGAGAUGAAACAAGAUGGCUGCCUCCUCCAGCUGCACAUCAAGGACCUGAAACCUGAAGACAGCGGCAGCUACUCAUGUCAAGCAGAAAAUGCAGAGACCUCUGCAGCAGUGACAGUGAAAGAGAUUGUACCAUUCUUCAAGGAAGACUUAGAAAGUGUGGAGGUUGAGGAGGAAGGAUCAGCCUCUCUGUGUUGUGAGCUGUCUAAACCUGGAGUGUCGGUGCAAUGGAAGAAGAACAGGCUGCCACUGAGAGCUAACAGGAAGUACGAGAUGAAACAAGAUGGCUGCCUCCUGCAGCUGAACAUCCAGGAUCUCAAACCUGAAGACAGUGGCAGCUACUCAUGUCAAGCUGGAAGUGCAGAGACCUCUGCUACUGUGACAGUGAAAGAGCUCCCUUCAUUCUUUGAGAAAGACUUAGAAAGUGUGGAGGCUGAGGAGGGAGGAUCAGCCUCUCUGUGUUGUGAGCUGUCUAAACCUGGAGUGUCAGUGCAAUGGAAGAAGAACAGGCUGCCAUUGAGAGCUAACAGGAAGUACGAGAUGAAACAAGAUGGCUGCCUCCUGCAGCUGCACAUCAAGGAUCUCAAACCUGAAGACAGCGGCAGCUACUCGUGUGAAACAGGAAGUGCAGAGACCUCUGCGACUGUGACAGUGAAAGAGCUUCCACCAUUUUUCCAAGAAGAAUUGCAAAGCACAGAGGCUGAGGAGGGAGGAUCAGCCUCUCUGUGUUGCGAGCUGUCUAAACCUGGAGUGUCAGUGCAAUGGAAGAAGAACAGGCUGCCUCUGAGAGCUAACAGGAAGUACGAGAUGAAACAAGAUGGCUGCCUCCUCCAGCUGAACAUCAAGGAUGUCAAACCUGAAGACAGCGGCAGCUACACAUGUCAAACAGGAAGUGCAGAGACCUCUGCUACUGUGACAGUGAAAGAACUCCCACCAUUCUUCCAAGAAGAGUUGCAAAGCACAGAGGCUGAGGAGGGAGGAUCAGCCUCUCUGUGUUGUGAGCUGUCUAAACCUGGAGUGUCAGUGCAAUGGAAGAAGAACAGGCUGCCAUUGAGAGCUAACAGGAAGUACGAGAUGAAACAAGAUGGCUGCCUCCUGCAGCUGCACAUCAAGGAUCUCAAACCUGAAGACAGCGGCAGCUACUCGUGUGAAACAGGAAGUGCAGAGACCUCUGCGACUGUGACAGUGAAAGAGCUGCCACCAUUUUUCCAAGAAGAAUUGCAAAGUGUGGAGGCUGAGGAGGGAGGAUCAGCCUCUCUCUGUUGUCAGCUGUCUAAACCUGGAGUGUCAGUCCAAUGGAAGAAGAACAGGCUGCCACUGAGAGCUAACAGGAAGUACGAGAUGAAACAAGAUGGCUGCCUCCUACAGCUGCACAUCCAGGAUCUCAAACCUGAAGACAGCGGCAGCUACUCAUGUGAAGCAGGAAGUGCAGAGACCUCUGCAACUGUGACAGUGAAAGAUCUCCCUCCAUUCUUUGAGAAAGACUUAGAAAGUGUUGAAGCUGAGGAGGAAGGUACAGCUAUACUUUGUUGUGAGCUUUCCAAACCUGGAGUGUCAGUCCAAUGGAAGAAGAACAGGCUGCCACUGAGAGCUAACAGGAAGUACGAGAUGAAACAAGAUGGCUGCCUCCUUCAGCUGCACAUCAAGGAUGUCAAACCUGAAGACAGCGGCAGCUACACAUGUCAAGCAGGAAGUUCAGGGACCACAGCUACUGUGACAGUGAAAGAGCUCCCACCAUUCUUCCAAGAAGAGUUGCAAAGCACAGAGGUUGAGGAGGGAGGAUCAGCCUCUCUGUGUUGUGAGCUGUCUAAACCUGGAGUGUCAGUGCAAUGGAAGAAGAACAAGCUGCCAUUGAGAGCUAACAGGAAGUACGAGAUGAAACAAGAUGGCUGCCUCCUCCAGCUGCACAUCAAGGAUCUCAAAUCUGAAGACAGCGGCAGCUACUCAUGUCAAACAGGAAGUGCAGAGACCUCUGCUACUGUUACAGUGACAGAGCUCUCACCAUUCUUCCAAGAAGAAUUGCAAAGCACAGAGGCUGAGGAGGAAGGUACAGCUAUACUCUGUUGUGAGCUGUCUAAACCUGGAGUGUCAGUCCAAUGGAAGAAGAACAGGCUGCCACUGAGAGCUAACAGGAAGUACGAGAUGAAACAAGAUGUCUGCCUCCUGCAGUUGCACAUCAAGGAUCUCAAACCUGAAGACAGCGGCAGCUACUCAUGUCAAGCUGGAAGUGCAGAAACCACUGCGACUGUGACAGUGAAAGCUCUAGAACCAACUCCACCAAAAGUAGAGCCUCCCACUAUCCUUCCCCGGGCUAAGGGCACUGUUUCCAAACCAGCUUCUCCUCCAGACAACCAGAAGCCUGGACUCCCAGAAGCCAAACCUGUUCCUCCAGAGCCCAAAAAGAGAGCUGCUAGGAAAGCAUCCAUCACAAGUUUAGACAAAGAUGUGGAGCCAAUGUUUGACAUUAAACAGGGCGUCCAACCUGCGAGAUUGUUGGAAAAAGUUGUCUGUGCAACACAGAAUGUAACACAACUUGAGAAAGACAAUGAAGUGUACAAGAAGGUCGACGAGGCAAUGAGACAACUGGAGAAGGAGGAUGGGGUUGACAGGGAGGUGGAAGAAAAAGCAAUGCCUUUUGAGAUGGAGAAAGGUGUAUUUGUGGAGAAGAGACAACCAGGAACGCGUUCAGAGAAAUUAGUUAAGGUUGAACACAAUGUGGCUCAGUCAGACACAGUUCUAGGAGACGCUGUAUUUGACCAAAAAGAAAAGGAAAAUGAAGUUGAACAGAGCUUAAAACAAGCAGGAAAGCCUUUGGAGAAAACAAGUGAAGUUGAGAGGAAGGUACGACAUCCAGAAAAAGUCCUGUGGAAGAACAUUGAGGAUAAAAAACAGCCUGUGAAACCUAUGGAGAAGUCUAUUGGGGAUGAAACACUUAACGUGCUAGAAGAGAAGUCUACAGGACAGAAGGUCAAAGUAGUAGAAGAUGAACUGUUCAAACCACCAGUUAGAUCUAAAGUGAAGGUAGCAGUAGGAAAGGAACCACUUGGAUAUGAUAUAAAGGAGAGCAUUGUCCAAUCAGUUAAACCUACUGUAAAUGACUCUGAGGACGACCAAAGAGAUUUGAAACAAGUGUCCACAGAGGCAGAGCAAGAGAAAAAUACACUUAAACUAGUGCCUUCUGUAGAUCAGCUGGAGAAACAAUCAUUAGCACAACCAGUAAAGACUUUAGAAAAAGAAGCCCCUCCAAAACCACCCGCAAGGAUUAAAAGCAAAUCAAAGGGGGGAAUGGAAAAGCAAUCAUCAAGGGACACGGAGACGGAUCAAGACGAGCGUACGAUGCCAAGAGUUGUGGUGAAAACAACAGAUGAUGAUCGGCCAAUGAAACAGUCUUGGAAAAAAGAGGUUGAAGAGAAACCAAGAUUGGAGAGGAAACUAUCUUCAGCUAAAGACACUGAGAUUGUUGAGAAGCUUAAGCAACCGGUGAAGGACGCGGAGAAGGAUGCAAACGCCAAGCAACCGAUUAAACAACCAGUAAAACCAAUGAGAAAGGAACUGGACCAGGAAAUUAAACUGGCAGUCGAGCCGAUAAGAAGGCAAGAGGAUCGACAAACGACAAACGUUUCAGAAGGAAUUCCUCUCCUCUACAUUUCUGAAGAUGAAACGUUCUCAGAGGCUUUGACCGAGAUACCAUCGAACCACAGCAUCGUCCACCCUCCUGUCUCUUUUGUUGAUGGGUCAACCCAGCCUGCUACUCUUCCUCCAAUUACAGUACCCCAGAAAGAACAGCCACCAAAUGAAGACUCCCAAGAAAUGGACAUCAGUGUUGAGGAUGAACCCCAAAUGCAAGAGGCUGCUGUCAAGAUCCAGGCAGCCUUUAAGGGCUUCAAAACCCGCAGAGACAUGCGACCCGUCUUCAAAGAGGUGUUUAAGAACCAGAGUGCAGAUCUUCAUGAUACAGUCACGCUGGUGUGUGUUGCCGAAGGAAAAACAAGCAUGGCGCGCUGGCUGAGAAACGGACAACAAAUAAUUAAUGAUCAGCGAUGCCGUGUUGAGACCACAGAGGAUGGUGUUUGCACUCUUGUGAUCAAGAACCUGACCCUGAUUGACAGUGGGAUCUACACAUGCGAGGUGGUGAAUAAGUUUGGUAUGACCUCAUACAAUGGAAACCUAACAGUAGUGCCGCCUCAGAGACCUGCUCCGAUAAACCAGAAACCUGUUCACCCUCUGCUUGCCGCCAUAACUCCUCUGCAAGUCGCACCGCCGAAGCCUGAGGCAGAAACACAGACUCAGGAUCUUCCUCAGACUCAGGACCUUCCUCAGACUCAACAUCUUCCUCAGACUCAGGUUCUUCCUCAGACUCAGACUCAACAUCUUCCUCAGACUCAGGUUCUUCCUCAGACUCAGACUCAGGAUCUUCCUCAGACUCAGGAUCUUCCUCAGACUCAAACCGAGGUACCGUCAUCAGGUAUAGAUGCUGAAAACUAUGUAGAAAAUGAGAGUGUCUCUCUGUGGGAGUCCUAUAAUCUGACGGAGCAGGACUCUCAAAGGAGACUACAGGAGAGGAGAGGAUCCUCGCUUAUUGCUGCCAGCUCCAUGUCCAGUCCUUCGGAUUAUGACACGGCUCCGGAUAUGUUGGAACCUGUUGAUUCUGGUCCAGAUGUGCCAAGUUUCAGAGAAGUGACCAAAGCAGUCGAUCAAGCAUCUCCAAAAGAUGAUAAAGAACAGAUGGCUCCUACACCACUUCCCAAGACUCGACUGAAGUUCAAAGGUGGUCAUGAAAGUAAGAUGAGGGCACCGUCUCCCAAACACCACCGCACUCACACACCUCUCACCAGCACCGUCUCUGGAUCAGAGUCAGAGGGGGAGGAGGACAGACGAGAGACUUUUGAAAUGUACGUGGCUCGAGCUGACUGCAGUCCAGACUUUGGGAAUAAGGAGAGUUUUGUUCUGAAGGAGGGUCAGUUUGUGGAGGUUCUGGACUCUGUUCAUCCCGACCGCUGGCUAGUGCGGACCAAACCCACCAAAACCACCCCCGCCCGACAGGGGUGGGUGUGCCCCGCAUAUCUGGAGAAGAAGAGGAAGGAGACCUUCCCUCAGCUGAGAGCCCCUCAGGAGGAUCUCGAUGGGAUCGGGUCGACAGGAGAAGAGUACAGGAGAGCUCUGAGCCAACUGAUCCAGGGCCUGAUUGAUGGAGAGGAGGAGUUUGUGAAGGAGAUGAAGAUGUUCACCUCUCACCAGCUUCAGUACCUGGAGUCCAGCCGACACGUCCCCGUCAACAUCCUGAACCAGAAAGAGGUCAUCUUCAGGAACAUCAGGGACAUCGUGUCUCUGCACGAGAGGUCCAUCCUCCCCCGGCUCAGAGACUGUUCCACAGACGACGACGUGGCGAUGCUUCUCCUGAAGAACGCUGCAGACUUUGAGAAGUAUCUGCACUAUCUGACGGGACAGACUCAAGCUGAGGCCUGCGUCUCUGACAAGACCGUCCAACAGUACUUUAAGGAGCUGCCAGAAUCUGGUGAGUCUGACGCUCCUCUGAUGGACGUCCUCACGUUCCUGCAGAGACCAGUGGAGAGGCUCCAGACGUACCAGGCUCUCCUCAAGGAGUUUAUAAAGAACAAGGCUCGCAGUGGUCAGAGCUGCUGCCUGCUGGAGGACUCCUUCUCUCUGGUGUCCUCUCUGCCCUGGAGGUCAGACAACCUGCAGCAGGUCUCUCUGAUCCAGAACUACCCGGCUCCUCUCAUCGCUCUGGGGGAGCCCGUCAGACAGGGCGUGUUCACGGUGUGGGAGGAGUCUCCAGAGGUGAAGGCCGCCUCCAGAGGACACCAGAGACAAGUGUUCCUCUUUAAAGAGUGCAUCGUGCUGUGUAAACUGAAGAGAGACUCCGGUGUGAGCAGCGACUCCUACACCUUCAAGAACAAGAUGAAGCUGAAUGACGUGGAGGUGAAGGAGGCUCUGGGUGAAGAUGAGAGGUGUUGGGGUCUGUGGCACGAGCACCGGGGGUCCGUGAGGAGGCUGACGCUGCAGGGCCCCCCCGCGGUGAAGCUGUCCUGGCUGAAGGACGUGAAGGAGCUGCAGCAAAGGGCCAGUCUGCCCGGCAACAGUCCUCCAGUGUUUGAGUCUCUGCUGUCUGACUGCACCUCAAAGAUAGGAGAGACCAUCAAACUGACCUGCAGGGUCUCAGGGUCGCCCAAACCGGAGGUCAGCUGGCUCAAAGACGGCCUCCCUCUGGAGGACGACCCCCGUCACAUCAUCUCCUCUGAGCGCUCUGGCGGCUGCACGCUGGUCCUGGACAGCCUCUCCUCGGAGGACUCGGGGCAGUACGCCUGCUACGCCUCCAGCUCCAUGGGCAGCGCAGGGACUCUGGCCAAGGUGGUGGUGAGGGCUCCACCCAGGUUUGUGUGUCGGCUGGAGAGCGCCUGUCUGAUCGAAGGAGAAGACGUUCAGUUCACCUGCUCCACCCUGACUGCUCCUAUACCACGGAUACGGUGGAUGAAAGAUGGCAGAGAGCUGAGCGAUCAGCAGAAAUACUUGAUCCUGAACGAUGCUCGGAGCGGCAUCUUGUCUCUGACGGUCACCACGGCAACGGAGGCAGAUAUCGGACAGUACGAGUGUGAGCUGUGUAAUGAGUUUGGCUGUGUGAAGUGUAAAGCCGGUCUCUGCCCAGUUUACGUCCCGCCGACCGACAUUGAGGACGACCGGCCGCAGGACUUACCUCCUAAAGGUAGGACAGAGCGACACGCUGCAGGUAAAUAUCCUGCACUCAGGGUGCAUCAUGGGAAAGAAGCACAUGCCAUUGUUCACAUGAUCUCUCCCCUUCUGAUCCCGUCACCACGUCUUUUUACCUCCCAAAAAAAACACAAAUUCCACUUUCAACCACUUAUCCAUCUGAUCCAGUACAUUUUGAGAUUUUACUCAUUUUCCCCUUUUUUCAUUUCACACACAAUUACAUCAUACUUCAAACUACCAUACCAAGUGUCCCUUGAUCCCUGGUAUUUAAAUAAGUGUCUUACCCUUAAAUUCUUUCUGAGUAGAAGUUUUGUUUCUGUAGACGCAGACUCAGAGGGUUGGUCCGCUGCCUUUGUGAAGAAAUGGCUGCAGACUGAUUUCAGCCCCACCUCCAUCGCUAAGAUGCUCUUCCCCCCCGAACACCCUGAACAAGCUGAAUGUUCUGAAGAGGCUGCCCCCCCCUCGGCCUCUGUGGGUCAGGUGGUGCAGCAGCCGCCUCUGUACCUGGAGGAAGAGGAGGAGAUCUUCAUCUCAGAGCAAAUGCAGGAAAUGACAGAUGCCCCCCCCUCCAUCCAGGUCCCAGCUGAGGAUCUGAGUGUAGACCCCGGCACAUCGGCUACAUUCACUGCCAUCAUCACAGGAAGACCCUCCCCUAAUGUGCAGUGGUACAAGGAUGGAGAGGAGCUUGCAGCUGAUGACAAUGUGCAGAUAGUUCAGCACGGAGCUCGUUUCUCAGUGACCAUCGUGUGUCCUGAGGGCGAGGACGGAGGCUCCUACACCUGCUUCGCCUACAACGAAUCCGGACAUGCUUCAUGCCAGGCGGAGCUCAACGUGGAGGAAGGCCCUCUGGAGAGUCAGGAGCGAGAGACGGAGCUCGGGAAGAGGAGGAAGUUAUUCUCCGUCUAUGAUGUCCACAAGGAAAUUGGAAGGGGAACCUUCGGGGUGGUGAAGCGUGUCGUCCACAGACGGACGGGGGAAGUGUUCGCUGCUAAGUUCCUCCCUGUGAGGAGCAGCACUCGGACCAGAGGCUUCCAGGAGAGAGACCUGCUGUCCCGCCUGGCGCACCCCCGAGUCGCCUGCCUGCUCGACUUCUUCUGCACCCGACGCACUCUGGUGCUCAUCACAGAGAUCUGCUGUUCUCAUGGACUUCUGGACCAUCUAUUACUGAAAGGAUCCGUCUCAGAGAAAGAGGUUCAGUCUUACAUCCAGCAAAUCCUGGAAGGAGUCGGUCACAUUCACAGCAUGAACAUCCUGCACCUGGACAUUAAACCUGAUAACAUCCUGAUGGUGUAUCCGCCCAGAGAUGAGAUUAAAAUCUGUGACUUCGGCUUCUGCCAAGAAAUAGACGCGUCCCGACACCAGUACAGUUUGUUUGGUACUCCGGAGUGUGUGGCCCCUGAGGUCGUUCACCAGGAACCAGUCACUGUUGCCACGGAUAUCUGGUCUGUGGGUGUUCUAGCGUAUAUCUGUCUGGUGUGUCGCUGCCCGUUUGUGGGUGAGACGGACCGGGCCACCCUGCUGCGGGUGGGGGAGGGGACGCUGAACUGGGACGCCCCCGAUGUGACCCACAGGAGCCCCGAGGCCCAGAGCUUUCUCCACAUGCUGCUACAGCCAGAUCCAGAGAAGCGACCCUCGGCCUUUGAGUGCUUGAGCCACGAAUGGAUCCAGGACGAACAUGCAGGAGAAGAUACGGAUGAAAUCAACACAAGGACUUUGAAAAUGUUCAUCUCCAAACGGAAAUGGCAGCGUUCCUUGACCUCCAUCGGGUCGGUCCUCACGCUGAGGCUGAUCCCAGAGCUGCUGGACGCUCCGCUCAGAGAGACAGCGGUGACGGUGCCGCGGGAGCCGCAGGAGCACAGCAGCUCCUCCCCGAGCAGCGGGUCCUCCUCCGAUUACGAUGAGGCCGACUCCUGGGACUGUUUCCAGCACUACAGCCCCACGGAGGAGGAGGAGGAGGAGGAGGAGGAGGAAGAGGAGACCGAGGAGGAGUACGAUCCUUUCCCAGAGCGAGAGCAAAUCCCAGAGUCUUAUCCCAAAUGCCACCUGGAUGAGGAGGAAGAGGAGGAAAUGACGUUAGGGGAGGAGGAAGAGGAGGAUGUGGAGUUGUUAGGACGGAGGAGUGUUUUCGAGAGGAGUGUCAGCAGGCAGUCGGUCGCUUCCUCGGACGUUUCCUCCCAACACACUCCUCAGAGAGAGCGGAGGUUCAGUAAGGACAGCAGUCAGUCCCUCUACCUGUCCGAUGGAGAGGAAGGGUCAGGCAGUGAUGGGGGUCGAAUCCCUCGUGGCAGCGUCAUCCGAAGCACCUUCUACAGCACCUCCCAUCAGCUGUCUCCCAUGUCCGCCAGACACAUGACGCUACGGGACAAAUUCCAGGCCAAGAAGCAGGAGAGGGGCCGCAAGCCUCUCCGGAGAAGCCUGUCCGGACGCCUGAACGAGCCUCUCAUCGAGUACGUGGAGGACGACCCGGAGACAAACCGUGGGCAGAGACGGGGGUCCGUGCAGCCCACCAUGCAGAAGUCCUGCUCCUUUGAUAGCGGGGUUAGCCUCCCCCACGCUAACGCCCCCCCUCACAGGAGGAGCAGGUCUCUGGACGAGUAUUCCCGAAGAUCUCCGAGCUCACCGAAGCCGGAUGAGGAGGAAGAAGGGUCUCAAAGUCUGAAGGAGGAUUUGGAGGAGGAUUUGACCGAUGAUGAAGCCACUGGGAGGAACUUGUUGGCGAUCCCGAGUCCUCAAAGACCCCCGAGAAGACGAGGCUCCAUCGCUCCGGUACAAAGUCGGUCUUCUGUUCCCUUAAGCUUCAUCGCUGGGAACAGAAGGACGCUGGAUCCGUAUCAGCUACCCCGGGAAACCUUCGCCGGUUCCCAAGGGUCUCUGGCCGAAUCGUCUCUUCCGGAGCACGGUGGCUCCGAGUCCUCAAGUCGACUUGGCUCCUAUGAAGAGCUCAGCCAUGGUCUUAUGAGAGGAGGAAGAUGCAGAUCUGGGGAAAGUGAAGGGUACGACGAUCAAGGAGAGCCUCUGAUCCCCCCGUCGCCAUCUUCCUUCCAGGAGGUUAAACCCAGGAGUUCGUUCCCUCAAGCUCCACCACGAAAUCGCACCCGAUCCAACCCUAAUUAUGCGGUCAAAUCCCAGCGAGUCCCAGUCCCAGCCUCUCGUCUCUUCAGGCUCCAGAGAGGCCCCCCAGAUCCAGAGACAAGAAAGAAAGUGGGGGUCUCCAGAGACAUGCAUCUGAUACAGCUCUGGAGCUCAGACCCCCGACGGGAAAGUCGCCCAAACUGGGUCUGCUGAAGAUCUUCCGCAGGCAGUCGUGGACCGGACACUCGUACUCUCCGCUGGACAACCAGGCGUUAGGACCCACG